UCAACUGUUUGAUUUGUGUUCUGGUCAUGACACUGCAGAAUAGCAGUGUCAUGACAGGAAGUAUAUUUGAAGAUGAUAGACCAAACAAUGUAACCAGAUCUGGGGAUCGAUCAGAAAAAAAAAGGGAUAUAAGAAUGAUUUACACAAUAGUGCUAUUCCUGGUUCUUAUCCUGUCACUGGUUAGCAUUGGAUUCUAUAGAUGUAAAAAAAGAGUACAGUCACACAAAUACAGAGACAUAAAAAAAAAGGAGUCAAAUGAUGGCACACAUCCAACUGGUUUCCAAACAAUAAGAAUCGAACCUGAUCCAAGACUGCGGUUGUCAUCUGAUUUAACCAUGAUGUCCGAAUACCAUCUUCCUCUUGAUAAACACUAUGAAUUUAGUAGAGAUAAGUUGAUUUUGGGUGAAAAAUUGGGAGAAGGUGCCUUUGGCCUUGUCGUAAAGGCUGAGGCAGUUGAUAUGUUGCCAUCUACCACUUCAACAACCGUGGCUGUGAAGAUGCUUAAGGAGGAUGCAACUGACAGAGAAUUAAUAGAUUUAAUGCAAGAAAUGGAAGUGAUGAAAUUAAUAGGCAGCCAUACAAAUAUAAUUAAUUUUUUAGGAUGCUGCACACAAAAAGGGCCUCUCUAUGUUUUGGUUGAAUAUGCAUCCAAUGGUAAUUUGAGAGACUUUUUGCGGUCAAAGUGCUGCAUUUCAUUGAAAGAAAAGGACUUAAUAUCAUUUGCAUACCAAAUUGCAAAGGCAAUGGAUUUUUUAGCGUCAAAAGAGUGUGUUCACAGAGAUUUAGCUGCUAGAAAUGUGUUAGUUUCAGAAAACUUUGUAAUGAAAAUAGCAGAUUUUGGUUUGACUAGAAAUCUGAGCAAUGUGGAUUAUUACAGACAGACUGGAGAUGGUCGUUUACCAGUGAAAUGGAUGGCUCCGGAAGCAUUAUUAUACAGAAAAUAUACCAUCAAGAGUGAUGUUUGGUCAUAUGGAGUACUGUUAUGGGAGAUAUUUACACUUGGAGGAAUUCCUUAUCCAUCUGUUCCAGUGGAAAGAUUAUUUGAACUUUUAAAAGAAGGUCAUAGAAUGGGGAAACCUCCUUAUGCUUCAGAAAAAAUAAGUACAAUGAUGCAAUUGUGUUGGCAUGAGUAUCCAUCAGAGCGACCAUCGUUUAAUAAACUUGUUAAUGAGUUAGAUAAAUUGUUGAUGUCUAUGGCCAACAGGGAUGAAGAAUAUUUAGAUUUAAAACCACUAGAAAGUCCUACUACUAGCAUUCAAGAAGAGUACAUAGAAAUGAACAUGAUUAACAUGCCAACCCAAAUAAAACAGUAUCAUAAUUGGCCCCUUAUGACAAUCAGUUUACCAAAUUGUCUGAUAGAGAUUAUAUGAACUAACCUGUGAUAAGGACAUUCAUUAUCUUGUUAUGGCAUUCUGGGAACAAGUUAACACUCUGGGAGAUAUUCAACUUUCCAAUCUCAGGUAUGACAUAUGUGACAUAUAUAUAUGUCUGUGAUUAUCCCAUCAUAUCAUAGUCUCUCAUGUACAUUGCAUUCAUUGACAACUGUGUCUCAUAAAACAAGGCAAUCAUAUUUGUUUAUCUGGAUGUCUUCACAUUGACUACCAUUUUGUGCAAUCGAUGUUUUUUUUUAAUAAAUGCUUAAUUAAAAAAAUAGAUGGGCUGAAAUGUUGUAACCUCAUCUACUGACACCAAAGAAAAAGGAAUAAUAUAAGAAAUCUGAUUAGUCAUGAUCAGUGAUUAUCAGUGUGAGAGGUGUUUGAUCAGGAUUUACACACAAAUUUAUUCCAAUUCAUUGUAAGACCAAUUAAUGCACCUAAGUAACCUAGUAUGAAAUACAUUUGGUUGUCUUUAGAUGAUCAUGUGUUUAAGUUUCAGAGCUACAACUUUAUUUGUCACUUGUUUUUAUUUCUGUUCUAUUUAUUCUUUUUAGAGUUUAAGUAAAACUAAAUCAUUUAUGGUCUUGAAAAUAAAAGUGUAUUUUUAUUGAUAUGAAAACUUUGAUUUUUGAAAUUUACUGGAACUUUUUACAUUUUUUAAUACUAGAACUAGUACUGUUAUGUAAAUGUUAGGAGUUGAUGUUCUGAUAAUUACCAAUUUAUUUAAGAAAGGUGUCCAAUAUCUUUUGAAAAUUAUAAUUUUUUUGUUUUAUUUGCAAUUUAACAAUUUUCUGUUUCAAAGAUCAGAUUUAAAUUGUAACAGAGAAAAUUCUGUAGAGGAGAAAGAACAUCAAUUAAACAGAAAAAAAUCUUAAGAAUAUUCUUGAUUCGAUGUGCAUGAACUUUCAAACAUCAGAACGAGUGCAUUAAAAGCAUUGCCUACAGCACUCAAAUUAUUAAGUGUCCAAGAAAAGAUGAAUAUUCUAUAAUUCUAGUAUAACUGUCCAUGUUUAAUCUCAUUUAAUAUGGUUUAUUAGAUCAUUAGAUUUUUGUUUUUUUAAAUUCUUUUCAAUUAAAAGAAUAAAAGUUAGUCACCACAGAAAAAAACAUUUACAGUGAGAAAAAGGAUAUGACUUUUAUUUUGCAGGUAAAUUUAAAGUAUUCUUGUGAUAUUACUGUAAGGUUUUAGGUUUGUCCUUCUAUUUGUUUGAUUUUAAUUGAAAAAAAUAUUGACUUUAAGACAGAAAAGUUGUGAAUUUAAAAUAAAUAGAAUAAAAAAAAUUCAAUCAAUGUUUUCUUAAUUUUGAUAUGUUACAACUGAUGACUACAGGGAGUUCAAGCUCAAGAUUGAUAAAUUUCUCUAUUGCUGUUUAGGAGCUAAGGUCCUUGAUUAAUUGGAAAAUGUCACUAUAAGUCUUUUCUGUGCAAUAAGCUGAGAACUGUUCUACCAAUGAUUUUAAUAUAUGUUGUAGGGUUUCUUUCCCCUGGGUCAAAACAAGUUUUGCCACCUCUUUCUCCAAUAUUUUUUCACCACUCACAAUUUUUUUUCGCCAACUUAAUCAUUACAUAUUUCUGUUUAGAACUUGUUUUUCUUCUUGCUUACAAAAAACAUCAUUUUGCAGCAUUGUUGUCUUAUUUAUUAUAAUUCUGCAUAUCUUUUUUAUAAUCUACAUUGUAAUAAAUGAACAAAGAUACUGUAAAACUUGACAUCUCGGAACAUAGGAUUCAUCUUUAACCAAUUUAUUUGAUACUUCCUGUCUACUUAAAGGUCAAAGAACAAAGUCAGAGAUUUUUCUUACUUAAAAAAAAACAGUUCUCUUUUCUGGACCAAAGUAAAAGUUGAUAAGUAUAAAUAGGUACGCUGAUAAAACGAUUGUGAAGUACAAACUUACAAUUAUUUUUAUCAAAGUUGUAAAUAAGUCCUUUAGUUGACAUGUGAUAUUUUACCACACAUUUUGAUUUAACAAUACAAUUAACACCUUUAUUAAUUAGUUCAUUGUUGGCAUUUGCCAUCAAAUGCAAUCAGGUGAUAAUUGAUUUUCUGUCAUAAUGGAUACGCAUGACCAUUUCAAAGUGAAAUCGAAUAUUGUCUGAUCAAGGAAAAAGUCAGAGACACCUGAAAAAAAAUAACAAGAUGGACGAAGUUUAACAAAAUUGUUUUAUUCCUUUCCCUAAAUUCUUUCACCUGUUGUAACUGUGCGAUGACCAAAUUGAAGUUAAGUUUGAUAUUGACAAUUUUUUCUUUUGCUGUUCAGGAGUUAUGCUACCAUUACUUGAACACUUACACUAAUAGAUGUAAUAACCCAGUUUGUUGUCAUUCUUACAGCUCUUGUUUAUGUUAAUUUCAUCAAAUUUGUUGGGUAUUUAACAUAAAAUUUAUUCAUUUUUUAAAAGCAACAAUUUCAUUAUAUAUAUAAAGAUCUGUUUAAUUUGUCAAAGAACUCAACCUACAUCAAACUUUUGUUAAUAUACCAAAUAAAAUGCUUGUUGUCAAACAGUUUUAAAGUUUUUAGUUUUCAUAAGAUAAAAUUAAAAAUACUUAAAAAUCGUGAGAAAAUAGCAUUUAACCUACUACAUGUACUAUUGUAACUGAUUUUAUAGUUUAAAUAUUCCCUCGCAAACAAAGUUGCAAAUGGAUAUAGUACCCCUACAGUAUGUAACACCCUUGUGAACACUCAAGACUCAACACUGUUCAAGGGAUGUUGACUAAAUUUGGCAUAUACUAAGUCCUUAUGAAUAUAUAUUAACCCUUUAAAAUUUUGAUUUCAAGGUCAAAAGUCAAGCUAACAGUGGAACUUGUAAAUUAUUUACAUCCCUGUGAACAUUAAAAGCAACAUCCUUCAAUGGAUUUUGACCAAAAUUGGUAGAUACUUAGUCCUUAAAAAAAUCUAAAACCCUAGUGAAAUGAUAUUGAGCUGUUCAACAUUUUGUGAUUAAUGGUAAGUCAAUAUAAAUGAUUUGUGUUCAUGAACACAUCAAGAAAAAAUGUCGACUGUUUGUUAGCACCUUUUUAAAUCAAAUUUUCAAUCACAGGGAAACACAUUGUAUUUUGUUAUUCAUCAUUAAUUCAUAAAAUAAAUUGUUAAAAAUUGAUGACUUUAGACUCUACAAUAUACAUGGUAUAUAUAUUAUUUUCUUUAAUUCUGAAUUUUUUAGUUAUUUGAUUUUGUAUGAACUAUGUGUUAAAGAAGUCCGUCAUAUGCCACUGAUGUUUGUUAAGAUUAUGCAUAAAAAGAUUUCUGGAAAAUAAAUGCUGUUCAGAUAA